CGUCUGUCGUUCCAGCCGCCAGGCUUCUGGAUUCGUGGCAAUUUAAACAUAUCUCAUCUGCACCACACUGUUGCGCUAUACUUCCUGCGUUAGUUUUGUUAAGAAUUUUGCUCUUGUGAUUGUCAUCCAGCAUGUCCAGCUUUGUCCCGAUGACCAAAAUAGGAAUCUGAAAAUUUUGAAACUAAAAUUUUGUUUCAAGCUUUAAAAAAUUCUAACGAAGCAAGUUCGAGAACAUACCUGUGUAGAGCCGAGAAACUGUUCUGGAUCGAUGUCAAUCGCUUCACCACCUUUAAGCACAUCCUUGCCGUCCUUGUUCAAAAUUUCGACCAACCACCGUUGCAAGUUUUCCUGGCUCUUUUUGUUGGUCAGAUCGUGUACCAAGAUGAUCCCUUGGGUAGGGUGGUAGAAGACGCCGCGGGUAUUUUUAUGACUUAUCGAUCCUCCAACGUCCCAAAGCUCUAUGAAGUAUGUGUUUUGCGAAGGAGUACCCUCUUUGUACUCGUGCAGUUUCACUUCCACCGCACAACCCACGGUCCAUCCGGGUGACGUUAGCGGUUCAUUGUUAGCGAUCAGAUGGGUUAGCGAAGUUUUACCGACACCUGUGAAGGAGUUAUCGAACGGAGAGAUCUUUUUAGAGGUACGUAUAUUUAGUCACUACAGAUAUGGACCCCUCCCAGUCUUAUGUGUCUUAUUCGUCAAAGUACAAAACAAUCAUUUGUAAUGUAAGUAUAUCAAAUUAUACCAUUUUAUAUGCUGAAAAAGGUACUGGUCUCCCAUGAAGUUCGGGAGACUUUGAAACGUAACUUGAGUAUUCCGGUCAUGUGAAACACGAAACUCGUGUUGCAUAAACCAAAACAAUGUAACCGUUGCCUAGUGUCAAUGUGGUACAAAGAUGUGUAUACAGGUUGACCUAGUGUGGGUUAGACUUUUCAGGUAAAUUUAAUGCAAGAGGUACAUAUAUCAAUAACCGUUAUACCUGAAACAUAACCUUUACCUCUCACGUGUACAAAUGUGGAGUAUUCAUAACUUAAUCUGAGUUUUUGACUAUCCUCAAAAAAAAAAUUAACAGGAAAAUGCAAGUCAAGAAUAGGAACAAUAAUAAUUGUAUUACGUGAAAAUUUGAGUUUAUUAAAAUUUUGUAAUGCAAUAUUAUGUUCUGUUGAUAAAUUUACUCAAUAAUAAACACAGUACUGUAAAACCAGUCCAAAAGCAAAAUUGGCAACCCAGUUAAACCGUCAUCGAAGGCAAAAAUUCAUUCCAACGUUCACUUAAACCUGGACAUAGGAGCCCGUAAAUAUUUCAACAUGGCGAUACGCUGUUAAGUCGGACGUUCCUCGGUAGCGGUAGCGAGUUAAUUGCAUUUUUCACCGGUCAAAGUGUCCCGUUGCUUCUGAAAAGUUUACCACCCCGAACAUGAUGUAGAGCGUUACCGGAAUCGCCGACAACCAGGACGCGCACUUUCCCGAUAGCGGACAUUUUUCGCGAAAAAGUUUAUGGAUUACGCCUCAACCUAGCCGCAGAGGAAGGAAAACAACACUGCUUUUUCUGGUUCCGACGGCUGGCAGCCAGCUAGUGACAACGUUUUCUCCGUUUUCUCGCUUGCCGGAGUGAACUCGGAAAGAGCGCGGAACAAAACACCACCAAAGUCAAGUCUGUGGGACUUGCGACAGUUUACCACAAAAUGGGGGAUCAAAGAUAUGUUACGGAAAUACCGAGCAGCUUGAAACAGCUGGCCCGCUUCGUGGUACGUGGAUUUUACUCCAUCGAAGAUGCGCUGGUGGUUGACAUGCUUGUGCGCAACCCCUGCAUGAAGGAGGACGAUAUCUGUGAGUUGCUGAAAUUCGAGCGCAAAAUGCUGCGGGCCCGUAUAUCGGUUCUGAAGAAUGACAAAUUCCUACAAGUGCGGCUCAAAAUGGAAACCGGUCCCGAUGGCAAAGCACAAAAAGUUAACUAUUACUUUAUAAAUUACAAAACAUUUGUUAACGUGGUUAAGUACAAGCUGGAUCACAUGCGCAAGCGCAUGGAGACCGAGGAACGUGAUGCCACUAGUCGCGCCAGCUUCAAGUGUCCUUCUUGUAAUAAGACUUUCACAGAUCUGGAAGCGGAUCAGCUGUUCGAUUUCGCUACCGGGGAAUUUCGCUGUACCUAUUGCGGUAGUCCGGUCGAAGAAGACAGCUCCGCCUUGCCAAAGAAAGAUUCUCGUUUGCUCUUGGCCAAAUUCAACGAGCAGCUGCAGCCGCUUUACGAUUUGCUUCGGCAAGUGGAGGACAUAAAACUUGCACCUGAGAUUUUGGAGCCCGAACCUGUUGACAUCGAUACUAUACGAGGAAUCGCUAAACCUACCAACAGACCAUCAACUGAGCAAUGGUCCGGUGAGGCCACACGGUCUAGUGGAUUUGCUGUGGAAGAAACACGCGUGGAUAUUACGAUUGGAGAUUCCGACGCGGUUGAAACAACUACUCAGAGAAAAGAUCGUCCGGUAUGGAUGACGGAAUCUACCGUUAUCAACAACGAUGCGGACGAAAAUUCGGUUGAAUCAAUACUCGAGAAAGCGGCAUACACAUCAACUCAAUCUCAAGCAUCGUUCAACAACACAAGUGUCAUAUCCUCAGCUCGCAACCGCAAGGAAACCGAUGACAUCAUGUCGGUGUUGCUGCAGCACGAAAAGCAAAGCACGCGUGCCACUACCAAUGAAGCUAUCAAGGGUCUGGGUAUGACCAACGAAAAUACGAGCGAGAGUAGCGACGACGAAAAAGAUAUAGACAACACCGAGAUCCCGACGGUCGAAAUCAUGGACACGGAUUCGGAGGAUGAUGUUCCUUCGGUGACGGUGGCUGGCCGACCUUAUCCGAUUGACGAAAUCACCGAUACGCUGAUUGCCGAUAUGACUCCUCAGGAGAAGGAGACCUACAUUCAAGUGUACCAGGACCAUUUCAGUCAUAUGUACGAUUAAUCGUGUUUUCAUACGUUGAAUGUUGAUUAAAAAAAUGAAUUUAUAAG